UUAAUUAUAAUUUCAGUUUCCUGAUUUCAUAUACAUAUCUGAGAUGUGCAGCAUGUUUCCAUCAGCGAAUCGGGGCAAGCCGAAGCCGGAGAUUAUCGCAUGUAAAGCGAUAAUCAGAAACAUGUUCUCCAAGAAGUACAAGCACUUGGCCUGGAUAUUCUACGAGCCCAUUGAUGCCAAAUUACUGGGCUUGAUYGACUACUACAAGAUUGURAAGCACCCGAUGGAUCUGUCGACCGUCAAGUAUCGGCUCAAUUCGAAUUUUUACGCAAGCUCCGCCGAUUUUGCAAGUGAUGUGCGCCGCAUAUUCUACAAUGCCUAUCUAUACACAAGUCCCGGCCACUUGUGCUACGAUAUGGCCAAGAAGCUGCAGAUCAUAUUUGAGAAUAUGUACUCCAAGGUGCCGAAGCCCUAUAUUCCCAUCGAGAGCGGCAAGUGCAGCGGCUGCGAGUACGGCAGCGAUGAGCAGAGCGAAGACUCCACUUCGUCAGCUCAAUCCAAGGAGAACACCGCAGUCUGYGCCGAGUACAAUGCCCAAAUAYGCCAGGAACWACAGUCUAUCCCUCUGCGGAAGGAGCCCGAGCCGCUGGUGAUCUCCGAAGAGGAUUUGGAAUUGCAUAUCAGAGUGCAGCAGUUGGACGGCAUCAUGCUGUUGAACGUCAUACACAUGAUCCGCCAGAUGGAGGGCAUUGCUUUCGCCUGUGGCCACAGGGAGAUCGAGUUCGACGUGCGCACCCUGAAGACCAGCACAAAGCGCUCCAUCUUGGCCUACAUGGCCAGCAGAGGCGUCACCGGCAAGCGCAUGCCGCGCGUGAAGAGAAACUAUUGAUCUUAUUACUAGCACUAACGUUUAUUGUUAACUAU